AAAAGUAAAUAAAAUAAAUACAGGAGGAAGAUUUAUUUCUUGUUCUCGAAAUUCUUUGUAAAACUUGGAAGAACGCAUGCAACAAAUUGCGAUAAAAUGGUAGAGAAGUGAAAAGUAACUGGAGGAAGACAAGAUCAUUGUGCCUCCUCAGACCCGACUUCCAAUAGAAAAUAUAAAGGAGAUAUGUUUGUCCCACAUCUGCAGAAAAAAUUGCAACAGUAGAUGUGCAACACAGGAAAGAGUUGCAUGCUAUUCAGAUGGACAAUGAACUCCAGUGAAAUAAAUAAAAUAAAAUUGAGAUAUAUUAAUAAAAGAAAUAUAUAAAUUUUAUAAAAAUAAAUGACAAUGACUAACUUUAAUUAUGUUGUAUAAUUAGUUACCUUUCAGUGUGAACAACUUUAGUCUAGAUUUUGGGUCAAUGAUAAUAAUAAUUGAUUCUGACACCUCUUCAAUAUUGGACACACUGUUCUGUGGCAUAUCUCUCUCUUUGAGCCGCCAUACACGGACUGCUUCAAGCAGACAGUGCCAGCAUCUUUAAGCGGUCGCCGUUGCGUCAUCUGCAGUUUCAAUACAAAAUAGUCAUUCGCAAUACACGAACCGCUCAAGCAGUUGCAACUGCUUCGGGCGGUUGGCUGCACGGUGAAAUUUCAUCAUGCGGUCAAGCAGUCGCCAGGCAUACACUGACUGCUCGAGCUGUCGACUGCUCUUGCGCAGUUACCCACCCGCGCUCAUUCUGCGUCAAGCUCGCUUCCCGCCCGCACGCGUCGUUUGUUUAUUGAGAAAAAUGGACGGCAAUAUCGACUGUGACGCGCUUAUAAGUGCAAUAAAAUCACAAGAACUUAUAUGGAAUUAUAAACUUGAUGACCACAGUGACAGAAUAGAGAAAAAUAAUGCAUGGGCAGCUAUUAGUGAACAACUAAUAGAAAACUUUAACGAAAAACCGGUGGCGGAUAAAAAUAAAAUUGCCAUGUCAUUACAGAAGAAAUGGAAAGUGUUAAGAGGUGGGUUUAGUAGGUAUGCGAAAAAAAUCAAACCAAAGAGUGGUUCAGCAGCCACCAAGAUACGACCCUACCCAUAUUAUGAGCAGUUAUUAUUUUUAAAGGUCAUUGAGGCUAGACCAGAGAAAUCAGAUAGUUUGAAAGAAACAUGUGAAGAAAGCGAUCAUAAGAAAGUAUCUGCAAAAAAAAAUUGUACUUUAAAACGAAAACUAAAUCAUAAAACUGAAGACGACCUAAUUGAAAAAUUAUCUAAACGCAUUGAUGAAAAACCCAGUUCAAAGCUUCCAGUAGAGGAUGAUGACAAAAUGUUCUUACUAUCACUAGCUGGAGAGUUCAAAAAUAUUAAAGAUCAAUAUAAAUUAGAUGCCAAGUCAGAAAUCAUCAACGUAAUUAAAUACUUUAAAGGAAUAUCACAGCAUACACAGUCAAGCUAUUAUGGUGAAAGUAGGGGAUAUUUUGCACCUUCAACUAAUGAGCACCGUGGACACAAUUAUUCAAUGAGCAACGUGGAACAACGUGGUUACAACUAUUCAAGUUACAACAAGGGUUAUCAAUCGGCACCUUCUACAAGUGAUCAGCUUUCACCACUAGUCUCAGCUAAUGAUGAGUUUUCUCAAUCAUCCUUUGAAGACAGUCAUCCACCUUCGUCUGUUCGAUCUGAUUAUAUUAUUAGUGAUAUAUUCAAUGAUUAAAUAAUAAAUUUAGAAAGUUAA